AUGGCCUGGCAGCCUCUCCGAGCGUUGCCGCCCGCAAACUCCCAACUUCCACCGCUUCUGAUCUCGUUCGCCUUUCCAUCCAAUGACUCCUACGUAGUCCUUCUGACAGAUUUGACAAAUCUCUGGAGCGAAUCGCUGUCUGAACGCGAAAUCAUCCGCAGGAGCCAAGAGGAGGGCACAAGUAUCGAUCCCAGCUCGGUUGAUCAGUUGGGCAUCUUGCUGGAAAAAAUCAAACUAGGCUUGGAGGGGGCCAAUGGCACAACAGCUGCCUUAACGAUCAAUACCGACGAUGACCGGCCAUUCAUGACGCUUGAUCUCAAGGUGCCCUUACCAGGAGGGCUUAUGCCUCUCGAAUGGCCGAUCCGACUCUCUGCGGCGUCUCAGACACAGCUUGCAGCUAGAUUCGUUAUACCAUUAAUAGGAGCACAGCAGGCUCGUAUGCAAGAUGUGAAGAGCCUUGCUGAGGCGCUGCGCGAUAAGGAUCAUGUUAUACAGAAGCUGCUUGAUAGGUUGGAGUACCAGGGCACCUCACUAGGUGAGGUGUUUCCUCAGGCUGCGGGGAAAUCAGGUCGGAAGAUUGAUCGGAAGACAGCUGAGGAGCGAGUCAAGGCAUUAGGGCAAUUCAAUCUCGCAUCUUGGAACAGAAUUUCAAAGAGAGAAUUAUCACAUGAUACUGUGACUCUCCUUUCAGAAGUCUUUCGACGUCACGGAAGCGACGAGGAGUUCGUUAUUGAGGCUGGUUCGGAAAACGAAGGUGCUGAAGAAGAGGAGGCUUGGUGGGAAGAUAUCAGAGGAGCGACCGUAAAUUUAGAGAAUGGAAAGAUUUCGACAAAUCGCGGAAGAUCAAAGGUCAAGCCGAAGUCGCCUGUCAAAACUUCCCCAAAACCUCCAAAAAGAGAGCUUUCACCUGACAUGAAUGAUGCGUCAGACGGCAACAAUGAUUUUCAAACCCAAGAAUUGCCCAAUCAUCCCAAGACUAAUGGUGCACAACGAGCUGCUACCGAGAAGGCCGCCGAGCCAUCAGCCGAUUCUGAUGACGAUGAUCUUGACGCCCCUUCCCAGCUGUCUAAAAUACCCGAUAGCUUUCCCAUAUCACAACCGAGAAUAUCGCCGCCCCCGUCCAGAAAGUCUCAAGAAGCACAAGAAACCAGUGGCAAAGACAAUCCCCGUAAUCAGAACACCGACGAUGACCAGCCUGUCAAGCCAAUGAAGAAAACGCUUGGGGGCGUUGGAAGGAAGAAAGCAUCGGUCCCCAAAGCCAAUAUUGGUAAUAGUUCAACGGAUGAUGACGAACCUGUAAUAAAGCCAAAUAAAAUACUUGGCAAAUUUGGGUCCAAAGAAGCCCAAUCAGAGUCACGAAUCGAACAGGAGGAUCUGCCACCAACGUCUCCUCCAGAACCAGCUUCAGAAACUGCCACGGAAGAUGAAGGACCUCUAUCUCCUAAAGAGAUUCAAAAGAAGGCUCCAGAUGUUAGUGAUGAUUCGGAGACCGCAUCAUCAGUCCCGUCCUCGCCGGCAGCCCCAAAAAGUAAAGGAGGUCUCGGAAGGGUAGGAGGAAACAAAAAAGGUAAGGUGGGUCAGAUAGGAGGUUCGAAAGCUCCCGCCAAGGAUAGUACCUCAUAUUCCGAGGGCGGGGAUGAAAGUGGUCCUAAAUCCACAACGCCGGCCAAGAAAAAGCUUGGUAAGGUCGGAGGUCACAAAAAGGAAGCCUCAUCGCUUACCGCCGCUGCGUCUCAAAGGACUGGAACUCCUGAUAGAGGCCGUCCAGUGGCGGGAGUCAAAAGAGAGGCAACUCCCGAGGUGAGAGAGACUAGUGAGGAACGUGCGGAUAAGAAGAGGUUGGAGAUUAAGAGGCAGUUGGAGGCUAAGGCGAAAGCUCCGCCUGCAAAGAAAAAGAGGAAGUUCUGA